AUGGGCAACAAUCAUAUAAUACGAGAUGACACUUCUAGCGUUUACAGCCGACCGGUCGACUCGCCAAAGGAUGUCGUAAUGCCACGUGCCACCAACACACUGCCCGCUAAACAUGACUUGCCUGAAAUUAAUUCUCUUGAUCACCAGAUCGCCAUGGCUCGUGGCUCAACGAUGGCUCUGGAGACGACAAGAGUCCGCUUACAAAGUUCAAAGUCGGAUCAUCGACGAUCACUUCCGGAGUCCCGCAGCGAGAAGAUUCGUCAAUGGCAGCAACAAAAAUACGAGAACGAGUUUUACCAAUCAUGCUUUAACAAUUUUCAUGAACUCUCCAAGUCGGCGAUUGAUGCAGUCGAAGAUUUAACACCAGAAUCCUACUUUAUAUCCGAGUGCACUUCCACGAGAAACUUGAAAGUCAUACAGGCCAUACGCCACUUACGCGAAAUAUUGGAAAAGUCUAGGGCUCAGGAGGCAAGAGCAGAGCAAAAUUGGAAAUCUCAAUGGAAUUCUUCUCGAGUAUGGGGCCCAACUUGCCGCUGGAUCUGA